UUGAAAACCCAUACCAAAAAUAAUUCUCAAAGUAGAACUCAUUUAUCAAAGGAGUAUUAUAAUGAAAAUUUACAAGAUGAGCCGUUAAAGUCAUUUUUAAACACUCUAAAUAUAGUUAAAAUUCAAAAAGUUGAAGAUGAAGGGAAAAAAUUAGACAUUUCGAACACUUAUUUUCUUGGGGAGGUACCAAAUGCAAUUUCUAUUUCAGAAGCAACUGAAUAUAACGAUUUUAUUGGUAGGGAAUUGUACGAUCAAUUGCAUAAAAAAUGUGCAUCGGGAAGGAUAACAGAAAACUAUGUUAAACUGUCAGCCAACGAAUUUACUUGUUACAAAUCCAAGCAGAUUAAAAGAAUACAUGCAGAUCCUGCAAAAUCCAUCUUUCUUGUUCCUCACAAUCAAGAAUAUUGUUAUCCUGAGAAAUAUAGAGUGGACUUAAGGGAUGCAAGGUUAUGUGUUGUUACUGGAAAAAGUUCAUAUUGUACAGAUUGGCUUUGCUGUUAUAAACCAAAUUUAAAUAGAAAUAUUCUCUAUGAUAUUACAGAUUUGAAUAUACUGACUGUUACAAAAUUUGGAAAUGAGCAAAUUAUAUCAUUUGGAAAGGAAGAUAGAUGUGAUUUUAUAAAAAUCUACGAUCUUGAUUUUGUUAUUUUAAAAGAUUGUGAGCAUUAUUGGUUUAAGGCAAGAGACAAAGGUAAAUUUAUAAAACUACUUACUGCAAUUCAAUUAAGAUGUAAAAACAAAGCCGUAUAG